AUUCAUAUGAUGCGAGGGACCAGCUGGUAUGAUUACCCAGGCAUGUGCAUGUAUAUAAAUAUAUCAUUAUCUGGUUUUACAUCAGUACAGUGUGUUUUCUUUGAAGUAAGAUUCUUCUGCAGUGAGACCCAGUUAGCCAUUGAUGAGUGAGUGCCUUCUUCAACUGCAAAACUCAACCAGUAUUGACGCAACUUUUAAAUUCUUGGGGUUGUAUACCUCUGAUCUGAAGACAUGUCAGAUUUAAAUAUGGCGGAAGCGAAAGUGGAAGAUGAUGUAUACACAAAAGAUGGGACUGUGGAUUACAAAAACCAGCCUGCUAAUAAGAAAACGACGGGAACCUGGAAGGCCUGCCCUUAUAUCCUUGGAAAUGAAUGCUGUGAAAGGUUAGCAUACUACGGAAUGAGCACUAAUCUGUUGCUAUAUUUUAAAAAUCACCUCAACCAACAUAGCGCAACAGCUUCAAGAAAUCUCUCGAAUUGGUCUGGAACAUGCUACAUCACGCCUCUAAUUGGAGCAUUCCUUGCUGAUGCCUAUCUUGGAAGAUAUUGGACAAUUGCUGGCUUCUCAAUUAUAUACGUUAUUGGAAUGACAUUGCUAACGUUAUCGGCAUCAGUUCCUGGCCUAAGACCUUCUUGUGUAUCCAAAGAUGAUUGCCAUGCAACAGAAUUCCAAAGUGCAAUUUGCUUCACAGCACUUUACCUGGUUGCACUGGGAACCGGAGGUAUUAAGCCUUGUGUGUCAUCAUAUGGCGCAGAUCAGUUUGAUGAUGAUGACGAAGUUGAGAAGAAGCACAAAAGUUCCUUUUUCAAUUGGUUCUAUUUCUCAAUUAAUAUUGGUGCACUCAUUGCUUCUUCCUUGCUAGUCUAUAUACAAGAUAAUGUGGGGUGGGGUUGGGGAUUCGGUAUUCCUGCUGUGGCCAUGGCAGUUGCAGUCGUUUCCUUCUUCUCAGGUACUAAAUUGUAUCGCAACCAGAAGCCUGCAGGAAGUCCUCUCACUCGUCUUUGCCAAGUGAUGGUGGCUUCUUGGAGAAAGUAUAGUGUUCAGGUUCCAGAGGACAAGUCUCUUUUAUACGAGACUGCAGAUACAGAAUCUGCUAUUGUAGGUAGUCGCAAACUUGAGCACAGUAAAGAUUUUAGGUUCUUUGACAGGGCAGCCGUUGAGGUGCAAUCUGAUCAUAUAAAAGGAUCCCCUGAUCCCUGGAGACUUUGUACUGUUACUCAAGUCGAGGAGCUCAAAGCAAUCAUAAAACUGCUGCCAAUAUGGGCUACAGGUAUCAUAUUCAGUACUGUCUACGCACAAAUGGGAAAUUUAUUCGUGUUGCAAGGAUCCUUCAUGGAUAUAAGCGUUGGAGGUUCUAGCUUUAAUAUCCCACCAGCAGCUCUUAGCAUUUUUGACACCCUUAGUGUCAUUUUCUGGGUUCCCGUGUACGACCAAAUAAUUGUUCCGGUUGCAAGAAAGUUCACAGGCCACAAGAGUGGCAUAACUCAGCUGCAAAGAAUGGGCACAGGAUUAGUUAUAUCAAUAUUUGCUAUGGUGGCUGCAGGGGUUCUAGAGAUUAUUAGGCUUGAUAUAGUCAAGAGGCACAAUUACUAUGACCUUAAAAACAUGCCGAUGACAAUAUUUUGGCAAGUUCCGCAGUACUUUCUGAUAGGUUGUGCAGAGGUUUUUACAUUCAUAGGUCAACUGGAAUUCUUUUACGAGCAAGCUCCUGAUUCAAUGAGAAGCUUCUGCUCAGCUCUUUCACUCACCACAGUUGCUCUUGGAAGCUUUCUGAGCUCAUUACUAGUUACUAUUGUCACGGAUAUUAGUACUAAGAAUGGGAAACUCGGAUGGAUACCAGACAAUUUAAAUCGCGGCCAUCUCCAAUACUUUUUCUGGCUUUUAACUGUUCUGAGUGUUCUGAAUUUAGUCGCUUUUCUCUUCGUAUCAAAGUGGUACACCUAUAAAAAAGCUGUUGGAACUCUGCGCUGAUCGUUGCCACGGCUAUAGCUUAAGCAAAGUCUGUCCUGCACUUCACUUUCUUGGCAUUUCUAUAUAAUAAUUCUGUAUAUACCAUAUCUCUGUUUCCAUAUAUAGUUCUGCACUGUUAUUAUAUGUCUUUUUAUUUCUUUCUUUUUGAUUGUUUUCGUCAUCUAUGUGUAAAGAGAAUCAAAAGAAGCAAUGAAUGUGUUAUUAUAGCAA